AGAUGUUACUGGUUAUAGGAGUGUAGUGGUCAUCUUUCUUGAGAUGAAGGUGAAGUGCAAGCUUUUGGCAGCGUUGAGCUCGUUCAUCGACCAAGCUACGGGACCUCGAGACAUGGCUGGCGACAGGAGCGUGCUCGCGGAGAUCGAUGCAGCCGUGUCCCGGUGCAUCGACGGCAGCAGCAAGCACGGCGCCGGAGAGGAGCUGGUGCACGAGAUACUCUUCCUCGUCUCUAACGCUCCGGGGUCGAUCACUUUCCUCUCCCGGCGGCUCUCGGCGCGCCUUGCGGCCGCCGGCCAGGACGACGACGCGGCGGCGGUCAAGACGCUGCUGCUGCUCCACCGGCUGCUCCGCGGAGGCGACCGGUACUUCGAGCAGGACCUGCGCGGGAUGUGGGCGUGCGGCGAGCUCAAGGUGGACCUGGUCGCCGCCCGGUGGGCGGCGGGGAGAAAUGGGUUCCUCCUCUGCUACGCGGCGUUCGUAGAGGAGAGGCUCGGCUGGGCGAUCGAUCCGGCGGGCGGUCUGCGUCCGGCGAAGCUCCCUGCGUCUAGACCACCGGAAAAAGCGGCUUUGUACAGCCUGCGCAAAAGUCAAACUUUUCUCGACCGGGCGAUGGUUUGCCUGCCGGAGAACACGUCGGCCGCGAGCCGAGCCAUGCAAUCGGCGUUCAACAUUGUGGUGAGGGAGAGCAUCAGGGUGUACGAGAGCUUCUCCGAUGAGGUGGAAGCUGUGAUCGCCGGCUACCCCGAGCUCGACGAGCGAUCGAAGAGUUCGGCGGCGGAGAUCCUGCGCAGGGCGUGCGCGCAAACGCCGAGCCUCUAUGAUUUCUACGAGAGCUGCAAGAGGAGCACGGCUGACGUGAUCGGGAAGAGCCAUUUGGACUAUCCCUACGUCCGGUUCAUCACAGCAGCGGAGGUGGCUUCGAUCGAGCACAGGAGCCGGGUUCCGACGUCAUCCGACGGAGAAUGCAACAGAGGAAGUAAUGGGUGCGGGAAGGAGUCGUCGAGCGCCCUGUUCUGGAAGAAAUUGGAGACGACGAUAAGCACGGUGUGGGUGGUGUUCGAGGAAGAAGAAGGAGGAGGAGGAGGAGGCUCUCAAGCUUGUCGCUUAUCGCUUGUGGACGAUGUGCCUGCACAAGGUGAUCGAUCGGAAUCGAUAGAGUUGUCUAGUUCCAAGUGAUCGAGGCCUGAAGAACUUUUCCUAGUUCUCGUCUGGAAAGAGACUUUGCCUUAAUGAUUUUUUUAUUGGGAUUUUAAUUACGAUCCGAUGCCAAA